GUCCAGCAGCUGUUGGUGGUUAAAGAAGAGGUUCCCCCUGAGCAGCAGGAGUGGAGCUCCAGUGUGGACCAGGAGGACCCAGAGCCCCCACACAUUAAAGAGGAAGAGGAGGAACUGUGGAGCAGUCAGGAGGGAGAGCAGCUUCAAGGGCUGGAGGAGGCUGAUAUCACCAAGUUCCCAUUCACUCCUGUCCCUGUGAAGAGUGAAGAUGAUGAAGAGGAACCUCAGUCUGAGGGACACCACUGUGGAGGACCAGGACCAGGACCAGGACCAGGACCAGUGCCUAGAGACUCUUCUGAAGCUGAUGUAGAGGACUGUGGAGGACCAGGACCAGACAGGCACUCGCAUCCGGAUUCAGAUUUACUACCAGACACUGAAGACUACUCCCUGAACUCUUCUGAGACUGACGACAGUGAUUGGUCACAAUCAAAUGAAGCCCAGUCGGGCGUGGAGGGUCAGAAACACAGUGACUCCCCUGAGGGCGAUUCGUCAACAAAGGAGAGACCGUUUCCUUGCUCCUACUGCGGAAAAAGAUUCAGUCUGAAGGGAAACCUAAACCGACACAUCAGAGACCACACAGGUGAACGACCGUUUCCCUGCACCGGUUGUGACAAGUCGUUUAAAGACAGCGGGUCGUUGACGGCACACAUGAGGUGUCACACCGGAGAGCAGCCAUACAGCUGCCUGUUCUGCGGGAAGAACUUCAGCGGCCGAGGGAACAUGACCCGGCACAUGAGGAUCCACACCGGAGAGAAACCCUUCACCUGCUCAGUGUGCAGCAAAAGCUUCCACGUCAAAGAGCACCUCAACCGACACAUGAAGUACCACACCGGCGAGAAACCCUUCAGCUGUUCCGUCUGCGGGAAAGGUUGCGCCCAGAAAACGGACCUGAAGAAGCACAUGAGGGUCCACACGGGGGAGAAACCCUUCAGCUGUCCGUUCUGUGGGAAGUGCUGUGCUGAGAAAGGAGACCUGACCAAACACAUGAGGGUCCACACAGGGGAGAAACCGUUCAGCUGCAACAUCUGCGGGAAAAGCUGCGCCCAGAAGGGGAGCCUGAAGAUCCACAUGAGGACGCACACUGGAGAGAAACCCUUCAGCUGCUCCGUCUGUGGCAAGUGUUUUACCGUGACGGGACAUUUAAAGAGACACAUGAAGCUGCACACCGCCGACAGUCAGCAGGCAGACGGACGGGAGGCCGACAGUCAGCAGGCCGACGGACGGGAGGCCAAGGCCACAAACUCGUGUUCAGAUAAAGUCAGACAGGAAGCCGAACCUGGGAAAACAUCGUGAUGGUCCAUCAGUCAGGAGACACAGAAACAUUCGACUGUUACAGAUAGGGUUUCCACGGUCAGGUAGGUCCUGGAAAAGUUAUUUCCAGGCCUGGAAAUGGUACGGAAGUAACUGGAAGCUGAACCUGUAAACACAUUGUGAUGGUCCGUCAGUCAGAAAACACGUUAACCAAGCUCCUCAUGACUUGACUGUCACAGUGUUCCAGCGAGGAAGGUCCUGGAAAAGUUCUUUCCAGGCCUUGAAAUGGUUUGGAACCAAACCCAAAAACACGUCUGACAUUACACGACAUACGUUCCUCAUAUCAGUAAUUUAAAAUCUAGCGCGACCCUAUGUGACCCUAUGUUGGAACAUCACUGGUAUCACGUGAUGACCAGAUUCAAAAUGUUGCAGAGGCCACGUCCCUUUUUGGGAGAAGGAAGCGUGUUGUGACAUCAGCAGAGAAACAGGAAGUUGCCAAAUGCCGAUGUUCUCCCCAUCUAGGCAUGGGUUUUGUGAGUCAACUGUACAGUUGCUGAAGCUAAUUAACUUAGCAUUAGAUGUCAAUUGUACGAGUUGUUUAUCGUUCAGCAUUGUUUAUGGAUCUAGCACCGUUAGCUGCGAGCUCAGACACCUCCACCUCUGGUUUCGCCCUGUUUAACACUGUUAGCACUGUUAGCUGCGAGCUCAGACACCUCCACCUCUGGUUUCGCCCUCUUUAACACCGUUAGCACUGUUAGCUGCUAGCUCAGACACCUCCACCUCUGGUUUCGCCCUGUUUCACACCGUUAGCACUGUUAGCUCAGACACCGCCAUGUUGAGAACCGUGUGCAUACAAUCUGACUUUACGGCAGAACAUGUUGUUCACAUGAAUCGAGUCACAGAUCUGCAGCUUUGAUCCGACCAAUGGGAGGAGAGAACGGUGUCACCUGACUGAUCACAUGAUCCGAGGGUCAGUCUGACGGACACACAGGUUGUUAACAGACAAUAAAGUUUUAUGAAUCACCUCAUAUUAUCAAAUACCAAUAAUGUUUAUUUAUUGGCUGCAGUUGAGUCAUGUGAUGUUUCUGAUGUCAGAGGAAACAGGAAGUGAAGAAGGAGAAACCGGAAGUGAAGGAGAAGAAACAGGAAGAUGUGUUUACUGUUGAUCUCGUUCAUGUGAUGAUGAAAUAAAAGUGAUCAACAGAUGAAACUUUAUUUAAAACAGGUCUCUAGCAGUGUGUUGUUUUCACCCUUAGUUCAGUCUGUCAGGUGUUGAGGUCAGGUAGAUGGAAUCUACGGCGAAUCAGCUGGUCAAUAUUAUAAUUAUUAUUAUUAGCAUUAGCAUCAUAAUCAUUAUUAGCACUAGCAUUAUCAUUAUUAGCAUUAUUAUAAUUAUUAUUAGGGUUAGCAUCAUUAGCAUUAUUAUUUUUCAAUUGGCAUUAUAAUCAUUACUAUUAGAAUUAUUAUUAGCGUUAUUAGCAUUAAUACUGUAUUGGCAUUAUUAUCAUAAUAAUCACAAUCAUUAUUGUCAGCAUUACUACUAUUAUUAUUAUUAUUGUUAUUAUUAUAAUUAUUAUUAUUAUUAUUAUUGGGGUUCUGCUGACAAGAUUAGAUAAAAUAAGAUAAGAUAUACUUUAUUGAUCCACCAGGGGGGAAAUUCAAGUAUCACAGCAACACAAGACAAAAUCAAAGGAUAUUAAAUAACAUAAGAAGUAAAAAUUUAAGAUAAUAAUAGAUAAAUAAAAGAUAAAAUAAAAUUGCUACAUCAGAUGAAUAAAGUGACUAAACAAUGGCAGACAAAGUGUUGAAUGAAAUAAAGUGACAGGUGGCAGAUAAAGUGUCAUAUUGCACGGGUGCAAGAUAGGUCCGUUCACAGCUGGAUGUAUCUUUUUUUUUUUUUAAAGAUAUUUUUUGGGCAUUUUUAGCUUUUAUUUGAUAGGACAGACAAGUGUGAAGGGGGGAGAGAGAGAGGGCGUGACAUGCAGCAAAGGGCCACAGGCUGGAGUCGAACCCGGGCCGCUGCGGCAACAGCCUUGUACAUGGGGCGCCUGCUCUACCACUAAGCCACUGACGCCCCAGAGCUGGAUGUAUCUUAAGCCAAAGCGCUGUUGUACAGUCUGAUGACAGUGGACACAAAAGAGCGUCUGAAUCGUUCAGUUCUGGGUGGGAGGAUCCGCUGGCUGAAUGAGCUGCCCGUCAGCCACAGCUCAUCGUGCAGAGGGUGAGAAGGAUUGUCCAGGAUUGCACAGAUUUUGUCCUUCACCCUCCUCUCAGCCACUGUCUCCAGACUGUCCAGGUCCAGUCCCACCACAGAGCGGACCUUCCUCACAAGCUUGUUGAGCCUGUUGACCUCACCAGUCUUAACUCCACCCCACCAGCACACUACAGCAAAGAAGAGUGCACUGGCAACCAUAGACUGGUAGAAGGUCUUGAGGAGCCCACUACAGAUGGCAAAUGAUCUGAGUCUCCUCAGGAACAACAUCCUGCUCUGUUCUUUCCUACACAAAAUGAGGUUCUUAAAGGUUCUCCAGGUGCCAGUGACAAGACUCAGGUUCAGCUGAUUUAUAAGUGUUGAGUUUUUUUGUUGAGAAGAAACCGACGGUAGUUCGCCCUCCGCUCCAGCAGGGUUCGCUGUUCGCUUGGCCGCUUCGCUGUGGUCCCAGCGAAGUGUCGUCGACGCGUACUCUCUCUCUUCUCU